GCCAAACCUGAUGGUGUGGCUAAAGUUAGCCCCCUGUGGGCUAGUAUAUAAGGCCCCAAGGGGCCAUUGCUUACAUGUCAGUCACAUCGGCUUGGCGUAGGCUUCUCUUCUUGACCAACAACAACCCCACAAACUUGAGAGAUGGCACCCAAGAAGGCCAAGAGGAGACAGCAGCAGGGUGAGGGUGGAUCCUCCAAUGUGUUCUCCAUGUUUGAGCAGAGCCAGAUCCAGGAGUACAAGGAGGCUUUCACAAUCAUCGACCAGAACAGAGAUGGCAUCAUCAGCAAGGAUGACCUCAGGGACGUGCUGGCCACCAUGGGCCAACUGAAUGUGAAGAAUGAGGAGCUGGAGGCCAUGGUGAAGGAGGCCAGCGGCCCCAUCAACUUCACCGUUUUCCUGACCAUGUUCGGCGAGAAGCUGAAGGGCGCUGAUCCCGAGGACGUUAUCGUGAGUGCUUUCAAGGUCCUGGACCCCGAGGGCACCGGCUCCAUCAAGAAGGAAUUCCUUGAGGAGCUCCUGACCACCCAGUGCGACAGGUUCACCGCUGAGGAGAUGACCAACCUGUGGGCUGCUUUCCCCCCUGAUGUGGCUGGCAAUGUGGACUACAAGAACAUCUGCUACGUCAUCACACACGGAGAGGAAAAGGAAGAGUAAAUCUUUCCCAACCCCUCUGAAGAUCUCUACCUCCGUUCAAACCCCACCAUACUCGCCCCACCCACCAUCUACACGCUCCCUCUUCUCCGUCAAAAUGUGGCUUCCUCGCACACGCUCACGCCCUCGGCCCACUCUUUCCGCUUGCCAGCUCACUACGAAGAAAAAAAAAAAGACUUGUCUCCUUCAUCGAGAUACACAGUGAGAGGACUGAACGCUGUGGGGGGUGUUUGUGUGUGAGUACCAGCAGGGGAACAUGGGAUUAUUUUCAAUAAAAAUAAUCUUGUGACACUGAAACACUCUCUCUAUCUCUGUCCCUGCCUCUUGUCCCUCCUCCUUUUCCUCCCAUUACUCACUCUGUCCUUCUGUGUUGAGCCCAACAGUGCAUGCAUCAUACCUACGUGCGGCGUGUAUGCAUAUGCAGUCCAGUGUAUACAGUGGUCAGUCGAAAAAAAAGAAAGAAAAGAAAACGUCUCUUGGGUGCUGUGGUGCAUGCACAGUCACUUGCUUGAAACAAGUAAGCAGCCUGACCUCUGCGGUCUGUUAGUCUUAACCCUGACACUGAGUGUUUAAUGGGUCUGUCCUUUUGUUUGCAUAAGAGAGGAGUGUACACUUAAGGAGUGGGAGUACUGUACUAUAAUAGCUUCCCUACCCCUCUCUUUUUAAACCUGUCUCUCCCUCUCUUAUACACAGGUAUGAAAGGGAAAGUUGCAGUGAAAAGAGGAAAGCAUGGUUUUUCAAAAACUUGUAAAUAGAGAAAGAGAUGGUGAAGGAUGGUGAGCGGGAGGCAAGAAAAGAAAUAAACAGAAGUAAAACAUCUUUGUUUUGGACUCUUCUUCCUCCCUCUCACUGCUGUUUCUCUCCUGCUGUUGUGACUGUGUCUGUGUCUCUCCACUGUAACGAAUAAAGAAGCACAAAUAAAAUCCGUUAUCUUUCGUA